AUGAGACGCGAGACUGCAGCCAAGCCCGACGUCUUCGGGUGCCUUGCCAAGUCUGAAGGGCCCUCAAAAUUACAAGUCAAGUUUCUUGAUCCACUCUCACCCAUUUACGCACGAUCUCGUUGCGAGCGGUCUAGGCCUCCCAAGCCUAUUGAACACAAUGGAAGUGCCUAUAAUCUCGUGGGUGUCAACUCUUGUCGGGAAUUAGUCUUGAGAGACCAACGUGCUUUGCAUCUCGAUAUUCGUAUCGAAUGUUUCCCGGAGCGUGUCGUCGUGUUUGACGGGAUUGCAUGGCAAGUCGAUCGACUCGAAGCUAUUCCUCAUCCACUAGACUUCACGAAACAACCUAGUCGAAUACUUCACCUGAAGAGAUGGACAAGCUCCGGAGAGGAGCGAACAGAAGUUGAUGAGCCGGACAACUUACGCGUGGUCUUUCCGAGCUCUAAGGGCGAGCAUACUUUGGGUCCUAUAAAACAUGGCAUCGUACGCAUGAUCUCGAUUGCCUCUCGCCGAAGAAUUGUCAAACCCUUGGAACCAGGAAGACCGUUUGAAGCACGACUGCGCGGUCGUGAACUCUAUGGGCCUUUUCGAAUCGAUGUCAAAAAGAAUGGUCAGUUGAUAGCCGAAAAUGUUUGUGGCAGUGACUGCCUCGCCAGGUUCGCGGUUGAACCCCACGAGAUUGCACCAUCCUACGCGCGAGUCAACUGCCCAGACUUUGGCGGCUGUUUUGAUAUUGAUUCUUUUCUGUACUAUGAAGACAAACUUCGCUGCAGGGCGACGAGUGUCAAGGCUAUCCAAGCUAUGCGAUUCACUAGCGAUCGAGCACCCAUGUUUGGGACUCUGAGUUCAGGACCAGUGCCUCUCCUCACUAAUGGGCUGGACCAUCUCAAGGUGUUUGAGAAUUUUAUUCAUGACAACAUGCAUCGAAAUCAUGAUCAGAGAAGACCACGGCAACUGACGGUUUUGAACUUGUCCAUGUGCGACCAGGGCGAUGCAAAGAUUGUGGUGGAUGCUCUCAUCGACUUUCGAAAACACAAUCUUGAUGCUAAGAUGUCAAUCGUCGUGUCAAAGCUAGGGUCAACGGUAUAUCUGAACACGCCAGAGUAUCAACAAUACAUCAAGCUUCUUGAAGAAAAUAGCAUCUAUGUCGACAUGUUUACUGGAGUUGAAGGACCAACGCGACAGGUCGUCCACGCUAAAGCGAUAGUAAUUGAUGACCGAACUCUGUUUAGUACAGGAGCUAUCAUGGACACCAAGCCCAUCGACAAAGCCGACUUCUCCAUCGAGCUUCCACCUAUAGCCUCCAAGGCCUUCCAAGCAUAUAUGCAGGAUGCUAUCUUGGGUGGUGCAAGUGAUGAACGACGGGCGCAACUUACAGCGCGACUAGCCGGUCUCGGAGUAAUAAUCAACGAUCCCAUCGCCAGUCUGACGUAUAUCAGUCGCGCACAACACACUUUACUUCGUGGAGCACGUCAGGAUCUGCUAGUUAGUGUCUCGGAACUCGUUGACCCCCAGAUCACCAAGCUCCUUGUUCGACGCGCAGCAAACGGUGUUGUAGUUACGAUUCAGGUUCGUGAGAUAGACAAGGUUUCUGCUGCGAUUCUCACGCAGGCGAUGCGACGCUAUGGGAAACGUAUAACCGUCGAAGACGUAAGCUGUUGGGAACCGAGACCACAUUACAAUGCUAUAGUUGCAGAUGGAAAUCUAGCAUAUCUAGGCACUUCAUACUUUUGGCCGACACAAAGAAACAUGAUUCACCAGGGUAGAUCGCUUGAGAAUGGAGUUUUACUGGACGGUGAUGCCGCGAGAGCGUUGAGAAGGCAUUUGGAUGAGCUGAAAGACCGAGUUUACAGUCACUCGGCGGAAGUAUCAGCACUUGGCAGUCAGCCGGAAAGAUAG